UUAUCUGGCAGCGGUGCGCAAGCUGUCAUAUCUCUCAGCUGUGUGAAUGUUGAUUGAGAAAUAAUAGAAAUUUUGCCAUACGCCUGUAAAAGACAUUUAGGGGGUUUUGUAGUUCUCCUUGUGCUUUGAAUUUUUCUUUCUAGUGAUUGCUGGCGGGCUCUUUUGCGGAGUAAAUGGCCAGUGAAUCCCGUGCUGAUCGUCGACCUGUCGACUGGGCAAGAUUCGGAUUGUCAUCAGAACAAAAUAGCGCAUCAACCGAUGUCCAGUUUGCCAAUAAACCUGCAGUUCUAGACGAAACUAGCUAUGGAGGACAGGCAAUCAGAGAUAAUGAAUUGUACACUGAAGAACAGGGGGAAAAACCAUGGUGGAAGUCAAAUUUUUUCAUUUCACAACCAGUUUUGUUUGGUACAUGGGAUGGUGUCUUCACAUCAGUCAUGGUCAACAUAUUUGGUGUCAUCAUCUUCUUGCGAUCAGGAUGGGUUGUAGCCCAAGCAGGAAUUGGUCUGUCUAUCCUAUUAGUAUUUUGUACAGUUGGUAUAAUUCUUGUGUCAGUGCUGUCUGCUAUCGGCAUUUGUGAGAGAUGCAAAGUUGAAAGUGGAGGAGUUUACUUUCUACUUAGUUAUGUUCUUGGUUCCCGAAUAGCAGCUGCUGUUGGUCUGCUCUACUGCUUUGGACAGGCUGUAGGUGGGGCGCUUUGUCUUAUGGGAUUCGCCGAGUCGAUAGCUGGUCUGAUCGAAGUCGACGCGCAAUAUAUACCAUGGGUGCAGAGAGGAUUAGCAACCGUCGUCGUUUUUAUCCUAGCAUCGUUCAAUAUCGCAGGCGUCAAGUGGGUUAUCAAACUCCAAUUCCUUCUCUUAUUUGCUAUGCUAUUGGCCGCCGUGGACUUCAUAAUAGGAAGUUUUGUUAACAACCCCGACUUAGAAAGCGGUUUUGUUGGGUGGAGUACCGAAUUAAUGGCCAAUAACACCGGGCCGGCCUUUACUGAAGGAGAAAACUGGUUCACCGUGCUGGGUGUAUACUUCCCAACAGUCACUGGUGUCAUGGCAGGCAUUAAUAUGUCUGGCGAUCUUAAAAAUCCGUCACGUGAUAUCCCAAAUGGAACCCUAGCUGCCAUUGGCUUGAGCUGCUUUCUUUAUACGUCGUUCAUUUUGAUAUUGGGUUCGACGUGUGUUCGUGAGCUUCUGUAUACCAACUACUUAAUCGCGGCCAAAGUUUCGGCACUCGAGGUCCUCUUUUUUGCUGGGCUAUAUAUUUCUUCAUUGUCGAGCAGUUUGGGAACCUUUUACGGGACUCCUCGCGUUUUACAAUCGAUCGCCAGCCAAAAAGUCAUUCCAUUUAUCCGCGUCUUAGCUAAUGGGAGAGGACCAAAUCGUGUUCCAGUAUACGCGCUGAUGGUUGCAGCUUCGGUGACAUUGCUCUUCAUUUGGGUGGGCCAACUUAACACGCUAGCACCCAUCGUCACAAUGCCUUUCUUGUUGACGUACGCCACCAUCGACUAUGCCUACUUUGCUUUGGCGCAGUCUUUCAACAUCCAACAGGCUCGCGAAGAGCGAUUUAGGUCAGUUAAUUAUUUUCUCUCUUUGAUAAGACCAGAAAGUAAAGAAAAUUUCCAUUUUAUUAGGCAACAAGCAUCGACGAAGAAAUUAACGAAUGGAGCUUCAACUUCUUACGGAUCAACUCAAAGUCCCAAUCGGUUUGAUUCUAGUGAUUUAGAUGAACUGUUUCCCGAGCGUGUUCAUCACCGAUCUCCAUCACGAGAGCUGAGCCUAUCGCCCACUAGUCCUGUGCCUGGGGAAGAUCUUCCUACAGCCCCAGUCAGUCAAGUUGGCUCAGCUGUGACAUCGCCGGGAGGCGCAAGUAACAAGUCCGUAAGCGAUCAACAACAAAAGAAAAUCAACAUUGGUCGUAAAUCGGCCAGUUGGUAUUCAUUAUUCCUCAAUCGAUGGGUCUCUUUCUUUGGGUUUAUAGUCAAAAUUGCGAUGAUGUUUUUCGUUCACUGGGUCUACGCCCUGGUCAAUUUGGCUGUUGUUUUCCUUGUUUGGUUCUACAUUGGUCGAGCCAACCCAGGAGUCGCUCCGGGUGUCACAGCUGAUUUCCGUUUCUUUACUUGGAUGCAACAAGGCGUUGCCACUCUCUGCGGACGAAAACCAAAGGGGUACGAAGAAAUUGUCGUCACCUCUAUGGAUCCCCAUAUGGACACUGAAGCCUCUCAAUUGACUGAGGAGAACGAGGAUUUCGCUUCUCGCAGUCGCUACCACCAGACUUCUACUGUCCAUGGACGUAACCUGGACAAUCGACCUGAAGAUGAGUUAGCCCUAGUUCCUUAGGAAAGCUGAAACAAGUUUCGUGGGCAGAACUCUUCCGACAACCGACAUUCUGAAUUCAAAGGAUUUACUAAAAGUGCCGUUAGCAAAAUUCACCUAGAGUAGGCAUCAACCACCAACGUCACAAAAAAGCAAAGCCUUUAUUUACCAUUUAGAUUUUUUUUUCGCUAAAAAGUACCAUUUAUUAUUAUUAUUUUUAUUCUGACGUUUACGUUCCUAAUCGCGAAUGGGCAACAAUAACGUUUGCAGCUAACCAUAUUUAACAAACGAUAUUUUUUUACUUUCCCUUCAAUCAGGCAAGAAUAGAAAGAAAAUCAAAUGAUGAUGACAACGCUGGUCAUUGUGAAAGCACAUUGCACCUUGUUACCGUAGAAGCAGCCAUCGCUUGCGCCAUUUUAUUGCUGAUGCACACCAUUAGAGGAUUGUACAGUAAUUUAAAAACUUAACUAAGCGAGCGAGCAAACUCGAAUGUUAAAAUCCUGCAGCUAGAAUAAUAUCUUAGAAACUUAUCCCCAAACACCUUCGAAGCAGACUACAAUUGACUUGAAAACCACUUCUGCUAAGGACACGAAGGCAACUAGAAAAACGAAACAAAAUACCAUGAUAUGAAAAGGAAGUAUUAUUAAUAUUUGGUUAAUUUUGACCUAGUUUUUCUUUUGCCCUUCACAUUCAUCAUUUUGAUUGUGUUUGUAUACAACUUAACUGCGAGCACGCUACAUUGCCUGUACAUAAUACCAAAGCAUUUGUAAAACAAUGGCUGUCGUUGCCCCGCACUAGAUAGUAUUGGUUUCGAUUCAUUGCCCCACGUGAUUUAUUUUUCUUCUUUGUUUCUUGUUUGUAAAAGCCGUGGUAAAUUUAGUUUUUUUUUAAACCAUCACAGGUAUAUGAUAAUAAAAAUAAACAUUCACUGUAAUA